UCGAUUACUUCCACGUAAACACACAUUAAUCGAUUUAAAGACAGAAUAUAGACGAAUUUUGCCGGCAUUUCGUCGCUUGCAUAGAUCGAAGUGUGUUUGGAGAAUAGGUAGGGUGUUGGUGACCUUUACAGCAUUGCGAUGGGAGUAAUUGGUUCUUUCGUGAUGGAGCAUUUCGGGACGUUGGCGUGGGUGGUGCCGGCGCUGCUGACCGUCGCCUGGUAUAUUUAUUUAUGGACGCGCCACGCCCGACUGCCGCCCGGACCGCUGCCGUAUCCGGUCGUCGGGAAUUUGUUCACGCUGCGGGCCAGCGAGAAGAGCUCGCAUUUUAAACUGCUGGAGAUGGGCAAGAAGUACAAGGGCAUCUUUACGCUCUUCAUUGGCGACCAACCGACGGUGUGGCUGACCUCGUUCAAGCACUUCCGCGAGGCCUUCGUCCAGCGCGGCUGGGACUGCGCCGGCCGACCCCCGGAAAUGAUGAUCCCGGGAUUGUCCCGGGAGAACUACCCCACCCUGGCCUUCGCCGGUAUCACGCCGGUGGACAAGGAAGUCCACAAAUUCGUCCUAACCAGCUUAAAAAGCACCGGCUUCGUCGAUCAGAAGAUGCAGGAGCGCGUCAUCGAGGAGGUGGGCUUCCUCGUCGAGGCCUUCCAACGGCACGACGGCGAGGCCUUCGACCCGCGCUCCUACCUCGCCAACGCCACCGCCAACAGCAUCGCCUCCAUCCUCUUCGGCCGGCGCUUCGACUACGACGACGAGGAGUUCCAGACCGUCAUCCGCUCCUAUUCGCGCUCCAUUGACCUUUUCAUGGACUCCAAGAUGGACGAGGCCUUCCCGAUCCUCAAGUGGAUCCCCCGCAAGUCCCGGAAGGAGUGCAUGGACGGGUUCUAUCUGGUGACGGAGUUCAUGCGGCAAAAGGUCAGGGAGAACGCGGAGACCUGGGUCAAGGGGAUGGCCAGGAAUUUCAUGGAUGUGUGGAUGGACCGCCAGAGCGAGGUCAGGAGCGCGCUGGAGGGGGAGGCCUUCGCCAUGGAGCGCCUGCCCAUCGCCAUGCUGGCGCUGUUUAUCGCCGGAUACGAGACCAGCACGCUGACGCUCACCUGGCUGUUGGCGAUACUGCUGCGUAAACCGGAUGUGCAGUACCGCAUGCAGAUGGAGAUCGACGAGAUGGUCGGCCGCAACACGCCCAUCACGCUGGACUACCGCGACGACCUCCCGUACACGGAAGCGGUGGUGCUGGAGACGAUGCGCAUGUUCCCCGGCGGUCCCAUCGGCAUCCCGCACUACACGGAGGUGGACACCACCAUCGCCGGCUACGCCAUCCCCAAAGGGACCCGUUUAGUGGCGCACCUGUUCUCGAUCCACUAUGAUCCCAGUCUGUGGGAGGCGCCCCACAAAUUCCGCCCCGAACGCUUCAUCGUCGACGGGCAGCUGCGCGUCCCGGAGGCCUUCGUGGCCUUCAGCGCCGGGAAGCGGGCGUGCAUCGGGGAGCGGGUGGCGCGCGCCAAUCUCUUCCUGACCGUGGCUAAUCUAAUGCAGCGCGUCAGCGUCCACCCGCCCGCGGACGACGACCUCCCGUCCCUGGACAUCCAGAGCAACGGCUUCGCCAUCACCAUGUCGCAGCGCCCGUUCCAGAUGGAGGUGGAGGUGCGGUGCGAUACGCUGGAUGGAAGGUUCCUGCACCGCCGCAGCACGGUGUGGCCCAGCGAGUACAUCCCGCCGCGCCGCCAAAGCUCCAUGACGUCGACGGGCACCGGCGCUGGGGUCAUGGUCAACGGCGGGAAGGGGAAGCGGAUGUCGGAUCUGGCGGGCGGGAAGGCCGCGCGGGUAUCGUUCCAGGAGGAGGAGGAGCAUAUUCCUGGGGCGCCGCAGUGAAGGGCGCACUUCCGGCGGCAGAGGGGGCUGUUCGUUUAUGCACCAUGAACUUAGAUUUUGUUCAGUCUCUUCCGGGCUGUCAAAUUAUUGUGGUCAGGGUUGAGCAUUUGAACAGUAUCGUUUAUAAGAGCCCUGAUAAUAAAGAUACUUUAAUCGCACUUAUUUAUGCAUCUAUAUGGCUAUUGCUGUGACUGCUGUGGACCUUAUACCGGCGUAUUGUGUAGUUGAUUUCAUUAGUAUGCUGAAUAAUAAAAUUAAU